GAUGUUCAUACGUGGUCAAGUCUACCCACACACGUGCAUCACGGUGUGUGACUAAUGUGAUGGAAAAUGAAAUGAAUGAAAGAAUGUGACGGCCAAACCAUCAGCUAGGGGAGGCUGGAAGGACGCAUCAUCACAUCACUCAUCCAUGAAGGACGCAGCAGGUUCCAUAUUGCCGUCGGCUGAGAAUGGCAGGCGGGGCCGGCCUGGAUGGAAGCUGGAUCAGUACCUGUGAUGGUGGUUGGAGCAGUGCAUGGCAUCAAUACCGCUUGACUCCAUCCACUGCCCCCCCAUACCUAAGAGACUGUUUUGGGUCCUGAUCCGAGGAGAGGAGAUGUCGGACGAGGAAGAUCAUUUCGAGUCGAGGCUUGCGUCGAAGACCUUCACGCAGCAGGCCCGCACCAUCCGUAAGCGAGGGUACAUCGUCGUCGAGAACCGCCCCUGCAGGGUUGUGGAUGUUUCUACAUCUGGGUCUGGAGGUUAUGCCAGCUGCCACUUUGUUGCUAUUGACAUCUUCACUGGCGAGAAAUUUGAAUAUAGUGUGUCAUCUUCUCGCAACUGUGGUGUUCCUUAUGUGAUUAUCACAGAAUACCAGCUCCUUGAUAUACCUGAUGAUGGUGGAUUUGUGACUCUGCUAACUGAUACUGGUAGCACCAAAGAUGACAUAAAGCUCCCAACUGAUGAUUCCCCUCGUGACCAGCUCAAGGAUGGCUUUAACGAAGGCAAGGACCUGAUGGUGUCGGUCAUGUCCGCCAUGGGAGAAGAGCAGAUUUGUGGGUACAAGGACAUCGCCCCAAGGUAAACCGUGCCGUGUUGGCCAUCUAUUUGGGUGUGAAGGAACAAGGCUUCAUGACAACAGUCACAGACAUUAAGAGUAAUAUGUAUUGCAACAAUAAGUUGUCUGUGUUUCCUUGAUCUGUCGUCCUAAAUUGGCCGCUCACUGUAUCCUAAAACAUCACUCCUCCAAUCCAGGGAUUUAUUGUGUUGUUGUACCAUCAUGGAGUUAUAAACUGUGGUCAAGUUGAAAA